AUGGCUCCCUCGACGUCCUCCGACAUGGCGACGUUGUCAAAACCACCACCGCGUCCUCUAAUGCGCAACUUCCCACUCCCGCGCGAGCUGCGCGACCAUAUAUACGGCUACCUGCUGCAUGCAGACCACGCACCACACAACAAUAUACCAAUCACCCAUUUGCCUGCGACCCCUACCUUCGGGCGGCCUUACUCCUUCUCGCUCGAAAUCCUCAGAGUGAACAAGAAGGUGGGAGGCGAGGCCAGAGAGACUUUACACACCCCCAACACCUUCAUCACCAUUACAACGCAAUAUAGCAUACUGGUGGGGAUCCUUCAGGAUGUCCAGUUUCCGUGCGUGGUCGUGAGCAACGAUGAGCUUGGACGCUUCAAGCACGCCAGCAUGCACGUUGACGUUGUGCCCGACUUUAACCACAAACACCCAUACUUCCGACCAGUGCACUUUGUCAUCCUCCUGCGCGAUUUGAAGCUCUUCUGUUCUAUCUUCCAAUGGUUCCUCUACAGCAGGAACCCUCGGAAAGGUAUCAAUUCUAGCACACAAGCGGGAGUCUGGCCAGUCGGUAUUUCCAUCAGAUUUACCCUCAAGCGCACGGAGUACAGCCUGCAAACCGCGCAACGGGACGAGAGGCUUCUUACGCCGUUCCGAAACUGCACCUCGGACAACUUGAAAGUGUUUGUCGUCGACUACGCCUGCGAUCAGAAAUUUGUCAGGUCACUGCUGUCUCGCAUGACUGAGGAACUCGGCUCUGAGACCCCGAUCGCGUGGCAAGUCCUCCGGACGCUGACGAGCCUUGUCGCGUUCUCUGAAGAGGCGGAACUCCGUGGAGAUUCCUGGACGGCCUCGCAGAUUCUGAGAUUUCUUGUCAGCGACGGCACAACAUCCAAGAUCGGCGCCCGUAUGGGGUACAAACUCAUACCAACACAGCCGCAUUGCGGUAAUGAAGCUGCGCGCCGCGUUGAGGUGGUCCUCAUGGAAUGUACUGCCCGCAACCUCUUCAUCCAAUUCAAGGUCUUUGAUGUUCAACGAGCCAGCGAUUCCUUUGACCGGUUUCACCAAGCAGUCAUGCUCAUACUGAAUGGUGAGAUGUACGACGAGCUGCUGCCACCUCCGGUCAAGGCAAAUCUAUCCCUCGAACUUGCAAGAUGCUUCAUUUUGAAGAACCUUCUCGCGCAGCUAGACCAGCCGGAUGCCAUCAGCGGUGCGAUCACACAACUCAUCGCUUUUCACAUCCGGGCUCCACAACACAAGUCCGUCGAGCAAGACCUAAAGGCGCUGAAAACCAUGGAGUCGACCAUCAAGGUAUGCGAUUUCCGCAAAGCAAAUGCUGCAAACUCCACUAAUAACUCCUCGCAGACGACUUCCUUCAAUCGUACAGAUCUCCUCAGGGACUUCUUUGCGAAUCUCGUCUUUCCCUCGUCUACGACAUUGCUUCCUGACGUGUACGAAUAUGUCGUGCCAGAGUGUAUGCAAGGUUGGAAGGACACCGGGAAGCCGCAGGAUCCAUGA